AUGGUCGGCUGUGGUCCAUCCAAAAUGGGGUCAAUCUGUCUGUCUGGUGGUGUGUGGUUACAAACCCCUGUGCCAACACUGGGGCAAAUGGAUCAGACAAAAAGCCAAGCUUUUGCAAUACCCUGGCCUGGCAACCUGGACACUGUGACACUACCAGGGGGCCCAAAAGGAUUCAAGCUUUUCAUGGUGGACACAUGCAGUUUUGUGCGUGGAAGUGGAUCUCCGUUUUCAAAUGUUAUGUUUCCUCCUCAAACAUUCUGCGAAUAUUCUCUACACAGCUCCUGCUGUUAUUGUUUCGUCCAAAUAAGCGGGCGUGGAGGGGGAAUCUCAUGGCUCAGAAACCGAUGGCGCUUGCAGGUCUUCAGCCCAUGUGGAAUACAGAAAGUGCGGAUUGUGACUUAUCCUUUAUUAUUAGACUCGAAGCUCAUCGUAGUGCCUUCUCGACGACGCCACUUGAUUUCUACAUUGCCUUGUUUCACAUGUUGUCAAAGCCGGCGGUGCCAAUGCCAAGGUAUUGCACACUGGUUUCAUUUUGUCGCCUUAUCAACUGUAGCAGGCCUCACGUCUUUUAAUCUAUGA